AUGGCCUCCAGCCGAUUCUGGAGCAUGAGCCGGCCGCGGGCAGGGGCACUCCGAUGGCCCUCUCGUCAUUUCCCCCACCUGGCCCUCACGGCGACAACCCUCGCCGCCCUCCUGUACAUAGCAUGCACUCGUGCACCCUCUCCCUGCGGAUCCCAGUCGCCCGCCCUCAAUGCGGCGCUCCUCAGCUACCCGCCCCAUGGCCCCGGGGUGUCGAGCCAAAACGCCACCUUCGAGCACUUUAAGCGCCGCAGCGAGGACGACCUGCGGCGGGCGGCAGCCCUGCUCGCCUCCUGGCCCGAGAACAAGCCGAAGGCGGCCUACUUUGUGUUGGCACGUCAGGCCGACCUUCAGGGCGUCAUCCAGUCUGUGGGCGACCUGGAGGCCCGCUUCAACCGCAAGGCCCGAUACCCAUACAUCUUCGUCAACGAUGCCGAGUUCGGCGACGACUUCAUGGCCGAGGUGGAGGCGCUGACAGACGCGCCCGUCUUCUUCGGCGGCGUCCCCGCCGAGCAGUGGGGUCUGCCCGCGCACGUCGACCGCGUGGAGGCCGAGACGGCGUGGCGGCGCAUGGGCGCCGCGGGCGUGCUGUACGGCGGCAGUGAGUCCUACCGCCACAUGUGCCGCUACUUCUCUGGUUUCUUCAUGAACCACCCGCUCCUGCGCGGCUUCGACUACUACUGGCGCGUGGAGCCCAACGUGCGCUUCUACUGCAGCCUGCAGCGGGACCCAUUUGCCGUCAUGCGGGACAGCGGCGCCUCCUACGGCUGGAACAUCAUCCUGACGGAGAUUAUGGAGACCAUCCCCUCGCUCUGGGCGACCAGCAUCGAGUUCCUGCACUCGGCGCCCUCCCUGCUGGCCGCCCAGCCCGGGAUCAAGGCUUUCGCCUCGCGCUUCAGGCUGGGGUCCAGCCUGGAGGAGACGCUGGCCGAGUCGCGCUACAAUGGCUGCCACUUCUGGAGCAACUUCGAGAUCGGGCGGCUGGACUUCCUGCGGGGCGAUGCCUACCAGCGCUACUUCCAGCACCUCGACUCCUCGGGCGGCUUCUUCAUGGAGCGGUGGGGCGACGCGCCGGUGCACUCCAUCGCGGCCAUGCUGUUCCUGAACAAGACGGAGAUCCACCAGUUUGAGGACAUCGGGUACACGCACGACAUCCACACCCACUGCCCCCAGUCGCGGGAGCUGAACCAGCACUGCUCCUGCAACCCGGAGGCAGACGUCAAUGCCCACGGCUACUGCAUGAGGUACUACAAGCGCCAGGUCCUUGGGGAGGGGAGCAAGGCGUGA